AUGUCCAAAUACGAAACCGCGCUCGCGCGCAUCGACGCCGCGCACGCCGACGACCCCCGCCAAACCCAAACCGGCACACCAAUGCCCUACGAACUCCACUACGCCCAAAAAAUGACUAAAUACCUUGAAACUUUGCGUCCAGACGCACCAGAGCUCCUGCGCCUCGCAAUUCGCGCCCAACACCUCCGCCGCUGGGAAGUUCCCCGCGAUAGCCACCCCGCAACGAAGAUCGGGUACCACUCGUGGCGCGCGGGGCUUCAGAGGCGACAGGCGGCGCUUGUUGAGGAGAUAUGUGUGGAGAGUGGGUAUUCGGCUGAGGAGGCGGGGAGGGUUGGGGCACUUGUGCGGAAGGCGGAUUUGAAGCAGGGGGAUCCGGAUACGCAGACGCUGGAGGAUGUUGCUUGUUUGGUGUUUUUGGAUGAUCAGUUUGAUAAGUUUGAGACGGAUCUUGGGGAUGAGGAGAAGAUGGUGGGGAUUUUGCAGAAGACUUGGGGGAAGAUGUCGGAACGGGGGAGGGAGGAGGCGCUGAAGAUUAAUUUGUCGGAGAAGGCGCAGAGGUUGGUUGGGAUUGCAUUGAGUGGAUGA